GGGUUUUGAUAUUCGAUAGUCCGGUGUGAAUAAUAGUGUUUUUUGGAGUAGAUAUGUAUUUACCAAUACUCCUGACCUUAUUUGGGUUCGUAUUCAGCGUACCCCUCACAUCAGAAGACCUUAGAAAUGACGACCUUCAAGCUCGCUAUGUUUUACCAGGCGAAUCUAUGCCAACCUUAUAUGACGUACAACUAUAUUUAGAUCCCAACAAUGAUGUUUCAUUUGAUGGCCAUGUUUCUAUCAGAAUACUCCCAUUUAGACGUACAGAAGAACUUGUAUUGCAUGCCAUGGAGACUAUAAUUAAUUCUAUAGAGGUUCUUGGGGACAACGGUGAAAACAUCUUUAGAACAUAUACCUUGUCAACUUUUGACACUCAUCUGUUAAGAAUAAGACUGAAUAGACUAAUCGAUCCUAUGAUUCCUCUUACAAUAAACAUAGCAUACUCAGGCACGUAUGCUGAAAACCUAUUUGGGGUUUACUUAUCAACUUACCGAAACGAGAAUAAUGGAAGAACUGAACGCGUGAUCACUUCACAGUUGCAGCCAACGUUUGCUCGUCGUGCAUUUCCUUGCUAUGACGAGCCUCAUCGGAAGGCUGUCUUCCGAACCACCAUCUAUGCCCCGGUGGAGUAUCCCGUGGUUAGAAGCAACAUGCCUAAAAGGACCGAAACUGAUCAGCUCAAACCAGACGUACCAGGUUGGAUCAAACAUGAGUUCCAAGACACACUCGUAAUGUCUACAUAUCUGAAUGCCUAUUUGGUCUCAAACUUUUCUUAUAUUAGCAACGAAGACGAUGAAAUAUUCAAUGUUCCCUUUAAAGUUUACUCUCGUCCCGGAACUCAGGAACAUGCCAAAUUCGCUCUGGAAUUUGGACAGAAGAAUAUGGUUGCACUUGCUGAAUACACCGAAAUACCAUAUGAGUUUCCCAAGUUGGACAAGGUAGCAGUACCUGACUUUGCUGCUGGUGCUAUGGAAAACUGGGGACUCGUAAUUUACAGAGAAGUAGCUCUCCUCCUUCAAGAAGGCGUGACGACGACCGCCAUUCGCCAGAACAUUGCCCGCAUCAUUACACACGAGAAUAUGCAUCAAUGGUUCGGCAAUGAAGUUAGUCCUCUGUCCUGGACCUUCACCUGGCUCAACGAGGGUUUCGCAAACUUCUUUGAGAAUUACGCCACGGAUUUGGUGUUGCCGAAUUUCCGCAUGAUGGAUCAGUUCGUUUUACAAAUGCAAGGAGUAAUGCAAAACGAUGCUGUCCUCGGCGUGAACCCUAUGACAUAUCCUGUCUUCACACCAUCCCAGAUUCUUGGCACUUUUAAUGCUGUCGCUUAUCAGAAAUCCGGCUCUGUAAUCCGUAUGAUGCAACACUUCUUGACACCUGAGGUGUUCCGCAAGGGACUCAGCAUUUACAUUAAGGACAAUGCCCGAGGAGCAGUCGGACCAUCACACUUAUACGCAGCGCUGCAACAUGCUCUGGAUGAGUCUACACACCGCGUGCCUUUUCCCCUAGUAGACAUCCUCAAUCGAUGGACCAACCAGGGCGGUUUUCCUGUUAUAACCGUCCGAAGAAGCUCACCCCAAGCUCAAUCUGUCUCUGUUUCUCAGCAACGAUUUUUAACCGAUUCAACAUUGUCUUCAAAUGACCGUUGGCACAUUCCUGUCAACUGGGUGCUUUCUACUGAUGUAGAUUUCGAAGAUACCAAGCCAGGAUUUUGGAUUUCGACUGGUGCCACUGCUACUGCCAUCGAUAUUCCUGGUUUAUCUGAAGCAGAAUGGUUUAUCUUCAAUAAAAAAAGGACUGGUUACUAUAGAGUGAACUAUAAUGUAGAGAAUUGGAUGGCAUUGGCUAAAGUCCUAAAUGAAGCACAUGAAACUAUUGACCUCUUGAACAGAGCCCAAAUUAUCGACGAUUCUUUCAAUCUUGCCAGGAAUGGACGUUUGAACUACGUUCAUCCAUUCGAGAUCUCUCUUUAUUUGAUUAAGGAGAAGGACUACAUCCCUUGGGCGUCUGCCAAUACUGUGUUCAACUACCUUGACAUCGUGCUCAGUGGCUCUGAGGUCUACGACCUCUUUCAGUACUACAUGCUGAAUAUUACUGCGCCUCUUUUCGAAGAAUUAGGCUUUAAUGCGGACGACCAUGAGGAACACGUCUUAGCUUUCCAUCGCAAUAACAUCCUUAACAUCAAUUGCCGCCAUGGCAAUGAUGUUUGUAUCGAGCGUGCACAGGAGCUCCUGCAGUCCUUCAGAAAUGACCCCAGUGAGUUACGGAAUAGAAUAAAAUGGAGUUUUUUCUUCUUAUUAUCUGUGCUUAUUUUAAAUGUGCUUACAAAAUCCUUGUCGAUUGAGAAAAGUCUGUCUGCAUUACAUUUGACCGAUACUAGUUUACCGAAGUCAAAAACACUGCAGUUAGAUGGACCAGAAGUGAUAAGUGAUUCUGAAAUUAGAACAUUCAAAUCCGAUGUAGUGGUAAAUGCUAGGUCAAGUAACGAGGCUGUUUAUACUGAAGAUGCGAAUAUAGCUUUAAUUAAUAGCACCCGCAGUCUUAGAAGAAACAUCAGGCCAGGGCAGAUAAUACAAAAUUACUCGGUUAAAAUUGCAUUUGACGGUGACACGUUUAACGGCGAAGCAGUGAUCGACGUACUAUUUGAUUCUACAGAGGACCCUCUUAUAUUUCACCUAGAAGCGCUUGAUGUACACGAGGUGCGUACUGGACUAAGCACGCCGGAGGAAGCACUACCGACGGAUUUCAAUCCUGAAGAUGGAACAUUAGAAAUAUUCCUAGAUGGUGGAGGUAGACAUCGAGUCGUUGUUAUUGAAUACUCUGGAGAAAUAAGCAACUUUGGAAACGGAAUAUUCCAAGGAAGUUUUAAUGACUAUCAGUAUAUAAUAAUUAACCUUUUCCCGACGAACGCCCGACGCGUGCUUCCCUGCGUGGAUGAGUUGACAGCUGCCACUUCCAUCAGUUUUACCUUCGAAGACGUCCCUUUUGACGAAAUUGUCUCCAACUCUAGAAAGGAAGAUGAUGAUUCGAACCAAUUCCGCGCCCUUAACGUACCACCAAAUCUUUGGGGCAUGGUUGCACAUAAUUUCGUUAGUGUCGGCAUGCCAACAACAAAUGUAGUGCUCUACGGUCGUUCUAAUUUAAAUCAACACAACUUAGCCAGCGUAGCUAUUAACGCCUUUAUGGCUGCCUUCAACGAAAAGUUGGAUAAAGCAUACUUCAACAUUGAUGAAAAUCAAGACGGAAGAAUGCAUAUCUUUGCUCUACCUGAUACUAACGUGGAAUGGAAUGCCUUAUCUACUGUCUGCAUAUGGGAGCCAUACAUUUUUAUGACGAACACUCACUCAAUGAUGCAACAAAAGACUGCAUUGGUGAAAAUUGCCGAAGCUAUGGCAAGGCAAUGGUUUGGUUAUCUGGUGUAUCCUGAAGACUGGAAAGAUCAGUGGGUGAUAUCUGGUCUAGCUUCAUAUGCAGCACUAGAGGUCGUAACAGAUUUCCAAUCAUCAGAUGAUGAAGAUAUCAGUCUAUUAGAUAUGAACACAAUAUUCACAACUGAUGUGAUUCAAGAGGCUUUAUUGCUUGACUCCUAUAGCAGUGCUGUCGUCAUAUCUCCAGAAGACGACAUGUUUGAUGAAGUAGAUAUCCGCCGUCAUAUUUUAGGUCUCCUGAAAAUUAAAGCACCUGCCAUCUUGAGGAUGCUAAGAUUCGUACUCAGUGGUGAAGAUGAUUUCAUUUUAAAAGCCGGGCAAGCAUUGUUAAAUCGAAGGUUUGUGACACCAAUCUCUAUGUUCGACUUCUUUACUUUCGUGGAUGAUACAAUUGAGGACGACAAUAUUGACAUUUGGGACUUUGUUCAGCCUUGGGUUAGGAAUACGGGUUACCCCGUCCUUCACGUCGCUUGGACAUCAGCUAACGCGGUUUUACUUACACAGGGGCAUUUUAGUUUGGCCGGCGGCGGGGAUGUGCGAUACAAAAUUCCAGUCACUUUCACUACGAAUCGAGAUCAGAACUACGGUGAUAUGCAUCCCACUAUGAUGAUGGAGAGUACAGAUCUAAUGCCUCUACCAUUUACUUUGGAAGAUGACGAUUACAUUAUUUUUAAUCUUCAGGGACAAGGUUAUUAUCGCGUAAACUAUGACGUGGAACAUUGGGACAGAAUAAUAUCAGCUUUAGACGACCCUGAAAGGAGGCAAGAAAUUCAUCCCUUAAAUCGUGCUUCAUUGAUAGACGACGCUCUUAACUUAGCGAGGGCUGGUACACUAGACUACGAUGUUGCUUUAAGAUUAACACUAACUUGGGCGCACGAGACGGAGUAUGGACCGUGGAAAGCCUUUGUCAGGAAUAUGGAUUUUCUAAAAAAAAUGCUGUUUAGCGCCGAUGAAUCCGAUAUUUAUGUGCGUAUGGUUCAAAGGACAGUCGAAACUUUCGAGAACAAGGUAUCGUUUAGCCCAGAUUUGUCAGACAAUGAGCCAGCUAUGACAUCAUUGACUCGCGGUAUUGUUAUGGAUCACGCUUGUCGUUCUAACUACGAUCCUUGCAUAGCUGCUGCGAUUGACUGGUUUUAUGAUACAAACAGCGAAGAACCUGCAGUGAAUCCUAGAGUCCCUGUCGAUAUCCAACCAGCAGUUUUCUGCACUAUGGUACGAGAAACUGGAGCCGAGGCCACAGAUUUACUUUACGUUUAUUUGGAGACUGACAUCAGUCUCUAUGACCGCCUUGUUGUAUUGGAGUCACUGGCUUGUUCAAAUGACGAGGAAUUUAUUAAUCAGUUAAUGAUGGACACAAUAUCAGAAGACAGUCCUUUUGGCAUCGAAGAGCGGUCAAUAGUCCUUGCUGCCAUAAUCAGAAGCGGCUUAGAUAACGUGUUUCGCGUCCUGGACUUUAUGCAGUCCAAUACUAAUGAUAUCAGAGAUAUGUACGGUGGACCACAAAAAUUAGAAGAGCUAUUAUAUAUUUUGGGUGACAACAUUCUAAAUGGUGAUUUAGAGUAUAAUUUGCGCAUGUGGAUUAGGUUAGGCAAUGACCUUCACGAGUCCGAGGGAAUCGCAGAGAGUGCUUUGGAAAAUGCACAGGUGAACCUAGAGUGGAGGGAACGAUCCCUAGAGGAAGUUUCUACGUGGAUACAAGAGAAUGAUGCUCACACGGCUAUUGUUUCUUUUACCCUACUCUUUUUCACUGUUUUAGUUUCUCUUUUUAAUUUAUAAGCUUUUAAAUUACAUUUGAAUUUUGAUUUUUAAGACCAUGCACAAAGAAGAAAUUAGUUUUAAUUUUACGUUUAAUGAAUAUCACGAGGUUUUACUACCAUGAUAUUCAAUUAUUUUUUGUGAAAUUACUCAUUUGUUUAUUAUUUUUAAUACAAAGGCCGAAAUUCGAUCCUACUUGAUUCUAAUCAGCCCCUUCAACAUAACCUUAGCUGACGUUCCGUGUUAGGAGAGCGUCAGCCCCGGUAUGGUGAGGCGCUGAUUCCAUGUGGUUGUAUUAAUAAUUAUAAGAAAUAAGUUGUUUUUUCCAAAGUAUCGUCCUCAUUGUCUUAAAAUUAAUUUCGUAUUGAAGCGAAUCAGUUUAUUUUACAUACAAGUUUAUACCCAGUAUCUUUACUCUAGGUUUAACAGAAAGUUUUAUAAUUGUAUAACCAGCAGUAGAAUUUAAUGGCUGUUAAGAUGGUUCGAAGUAUUGAACAAAAUUAUUGAAAUGCACAUUAAUUUGCAUUAAUACGCUAAUAAUACUAAGCUUUUUUAGAGUACGCUAUUGUAGAAUAGGUCCUAAUAUUAUUGAGUGUUAUUACUUUACUAUAUAUUUUAAUGAGGAAUGUGGUCGCAAACUCCCCAUUAUCUUUAGUGAUAAUGUCUGAGGUUUCAAUUUUAUGGAUUCUGAUAUUCGAGCGCACCUAUGUAGCGCUUAAAGUAUUUGAUGUUCCUCAUAUAAGAUUGGUUGAUCACAUUUUGUUAUUUAUGUAACAAAAUGUUUUGAUUAUUGCUUAUUUAUAUCUGUCGUACGAUUUUUAAGUAUCAUUAGUAACUAAAUAAUAUUUCUAGGAUUUGACUGUAAAUUGGAAAAUGUUGUUGAUUGCACAGUGUUUUUUUAGAUACUU